AUGAGCUCCAGCGACAUGAACAUGAUGAGCAAGAUCAUCUUCUACGAGGACAGGAACUUCCAGGGCCGCUCCUACGAGUGCAUGAGUGACUGCCCUGACAUGUCCUCCUACCUGAACCGCUGCCACUCCUGCAGGGUGGAGAGGGGCUGCUUCAUGGUCUACGACCGCACCAACUUCAUGGGCAACCAGUACUUCAUGAGGAGGGGAGAGUACUCCGACUACAUGAGCAUGAUGGGCAUGAGCGACUGCAUCCGGUCCUGCAGGAUGAUCCCCAUGCACAGAGGAUCCUACAGGAUGAGGAUCUACGAGAGGGAGAACUUCCAGGGCCAGAUGCACGAGCUGAUGGACGACUGCGACAGCAUCAUGGACCGCUACAGCAUGCCCAACUUCAUGUCCUGCAACGUGAUGGAGGGCCACUGGCUGAUGUACGAGCAGCCCCACUUCAGAGGCAGGAUGAUGUACGUGAGGCCCGGAGAGUACAGGAACCUCAUGAGCAUGAGCAUGGGCGGCAUGAGCGGCAUGGGCAGCAUGGGCAGCAUGAGGUUCAUGAGCAUGAGGCGCAUCACAGACUCCUGCUACUAG